CGAGAAGGAUAAAAGAGGCAUUCAAUUAUAGGAAUCUUUGUGGGAUUGCUUAAGUUUUGCAAAGAUGGCAGUUCAGAUUGCAGCAAUGGCGGCUCUGUUGGUGUUGUGUGCAUCUUAUCAUUAUGCAGACGCCACUGACUACACAGUGGGAGACGCCCAGCAGUGGGGUUUUGGUGCAAACUAUACCACCUGGGCUUCCUCAAAAACAUUCCUUGUGGGCGACACCUUGGUGUUCACCUAUGCAAAUGGAGCGCAUGACGUGUUGGAGGUGCAGAAGUCGGCUUAUGAUUCGUGCGCUACAAGUAACCCAACGAAGCAGUACACAGAUGGAAACACAAGAAUUUCACUGACAAGCAGUGGGACAAGGUAUUUCAUCUGUGGAAUUACAGGCCACUGCAGUGGUGGUAUGAAGGUGGCAGUCACCGUUUCAGCCGGUACUUCCACCACUCCCUCCGCCCCAUCUCCCUCAACUAAGACUGCGCCAGGACCUACCAGUGCCGGACACGUGUCACAGAUGAAGGAUGUGUUGGUCUUGCUGUUUGGCUCUCUUAUAAUGUCUGUGAUCUUGGCUUAAAUGGAAUAUGGGUUUUUGCCAGGGAAGGGACAGUGCGAUUCAACCUGUUAUUCUUCAUUAUUAUUCAUCUUCUUACAAUUAAUAAAGCCUUGUUUAGCUAUAUAUCGAUUCGACAUUCCAAUUGGGCGUAGCAGUGCGAGAGAUUUUUCAGUUACAAAUGAGAUUUUUAGCAUUCCUUGUAUUGGUUUGGAUCCAUGAAUAA